CAAAUUACGGAAAGCUGCAUAUUUGAGGAAAAUAGAAAGCAAAAUUAUGAAGUAAUAAAGCUGUCAUGUGUGGGUGUGUGGGAGAAGAAUGUGAACAUUUAUCGUUGUGUUGUGCCAAUAGUGCGGUGGUUUAUUAUUUUUGAGUCAACAACUUCGAGUGGGAAAUUUACGAGUAGCGGUAAAAUUUGUUUAGCUUAGUUUGCGGGUGUGCAAACAUCACAAAAUUGGAAAUUACAAUAACACAGAUGUAAACUAAUGCAUGGGUUGAUAGCGCAGAUGCACCAGUGGACAUGCCUCUUAAGAAAUUGGCUAAUACAGAAGUUGGAUGUGCUGCUUGUUUGAACAGUUGCUAUAGAACAAUAUGAGGAGAAAUACAAUUAAAACGGACGUUGGAACUUUCUCCACUUUGAAUUAAAAAAAAUUAGAAGAAAGUGAUCUACGGUUAGAAGGGAACUAACAUACCCCCUCAAUCACGACUUGUGAAUUUGGAGAAAAUUUGAUUCUUGUCGUAUCGUUUCUUCGCUUCGUCUUCUCGCAUACCUCGAGGACCUUGUUUCAAAUACACAAAUCCACUUGCAUUGAUGGUGUGACUUGAUUGUCUAGUAAACAGGUGUAUCAUGAUCUUUAUAUUUAACAACAUGCGCACAUAAGCGCCCAUCUGAUUACUCCGGUAAAGAGAAAGACCCAAACUCUCGCCGACCCAGAAGUGUUCGCUGGUCAACAUUCAAAUCAAAAGUCAUAAUCAAAUCAUAUCAGAAACAAAACAAUCGUAGCCUAGACUAAAACGUCAACGAGUCAAACUCCAGCCGUAAUUUGAAAUAGAAAUAGAAAUAGAAAAUGUCGACUUCUGUACAAAAUUUCAACAAAUCGCCAAGUGUCAUUGACUCCACAGCGGUAAUGUCGGCCACCGCCGUCGCAGCCAGCUCCGCCAUCCAACAGCUCUCGUCGAUAUCGCUAAUGCUCGAGUACGACAUUGACAACACGCUGAACACCAUCAAAGAGAAUGGUGUACAUCUCAUACAACAACAAGAACGACAAGCGCCACAACAAGCACAUCAUCCGCAGAAGAAUGUGAGCCAGCCACCGAACCUUACAAAUGAAGCUUUAAAAGAUAUCAAACCUGUGCUGCCACCAACACCACCAGCCACGCCUAACUUGGCGAAUACAGCGCGCAAACGCUGGAAGAUUUUAGCGAAAGUAUUGCGCAAAGACUCCGAGGAGACGGUCUCGUCGUCGGGCGAGGAGUUCGGUGAGGAGCAAACGGCGUCGGUGCGUCGCUUCAAGUCAUUCGACCUGUUGCGCCAGGACAGCUUCGAAGAUCAUAUGACACUGAACUGCCUGGGCAAACCGGAGAACUGGUACAAGUACAGUGUGCUGCUCGAUGGGGAGGGUCAGCAGGAGUUCACCGUUAACAUACAUCACGUGGAGCGUCAGCUAACAGCCAGUGACCUAAUGGGCUUCAAUAACACCGGCAAUAUUUGUGUGUGGCCCUCAGAGGAGGCAUUAACCGCUUACGUUCUAUCCGACGCCGCUGCGUAUAGUGAUAAAUGGAUAUUGGAAUUGGGUGGCGGAUUCACAUGCUUAGCUGGGCUUAUGCUCUCCAAGUACGCUAAGCCUUAUGCGGUGCAUCUCACCGAUGGCAACGAUGUGUCGGUGGAGAAUGUAAAGAAGACAGUAUGCCUGAACGAGCUCGCCUGCUACACAAAGUGCUCGGUGCUCAAGUGGGAAGAUGUGAGUGCGCGUGCUACGGCGGAGGCUGGGAAAUUCGAUGUCAUCCUCUCCGCCGAUUGCCUGUUCUUCGAUGAAGCGCGCUCGUCGCUCGUGGAGACGAUUUGGUAUUAUAUGGCACCCAGAGGUGAGGCGAUAAUAAUGGCGCCAAGACGUGGCAAAACCAUGGCGAUGUUUGUUGGCGAGUGCACGCGUAGAGGCUUCGCAGUGGAGAUAACACAGCGCUAUAAUGAGACCAUAUGGAAGCGGCACGAGGAAUUGAUGAUGACGUCCGGCCUGUACGACGAGGACUUACACUACCCUGUGCUGUUGCGUCUGCGUAAGCCCUACAUGGGAUAGAAGCGAAAAGAAGAAUGCGCUGCGAAAUAUGCAAGUCUUAGGUUUGAUUAUUAGCAAAACACGUGCAAUUGUAUACAAAAACCAAAAACAAUAACAAAAUAGUUCAUAGUCAUAUUGUAAGGAACCGAUUUUGUAUUAUUCCAAUAAUUCCAAGCACUAAUGACGAAAUUAUAAAUUAGAGAUUUGUAUUACGACAAAUAGUAUGUAAAUUUUUGUCGCGUCUUUAUGCGCGCAAACAAAAUGGUAAAUGCUUUAAAAGAUAUAGUACACAGGUUUUAUAGCUUUCCCAACUACACCAUAGGCAGAAGAGCGGUUGAGUGGCGGUGCCUCGAAACCGGUGUUAAGGGAGUAAGGGGUCUGCCUUGACUGGAUAUUGUUUAAAAGUGGAAGUGUAUAAACAGUGUUGCCAUAUUAUUAAUUAAACUCAUAUCUCACCGACUUUUUCCAACUAAAAUAAGCUUGUUAUUUUGAUUAAUGAAUUUUUAAGAAAUCUAUUUUUAAAUAUUAUUAUAUUAUAUUUUGUACAAAUAUUGUUAAACAUUUUUAUUUUGCCUCCUAACCGUUUUCCGAACUCUUAAUUCUUUUGUGUCCUAUUUUUAGUCGUGACAUUUUCACUAACCUAUAAAAGGGUUAGCUGAUUCAUUAAAUGAUAAAAUGAUGUGUCCUUACAAAAUUUCCUAAGUCCUAGUAUAUGUAUAUGAAAAGUAUUAUUUUAGAGUUACCAUGUACUUUAUAAUAAAUAAAAAACAAAUUUAUUAGAGAAAAUUUAAUUUAUAAUAUUAUGUGUUAUCCAAUUACAGAAUAUGUAAUAAUUUGCUAAACUAAUACUCAAAUGUGGUUACAGAUAGUUUCAGAGUUUUCUGGAAUUAUUCAUUAUAUGGGGUAGUCGAAAAAAUAUCAUAAUAAUGUCUCCAGCGGAAACAUGGCAAAAAGUGGUCUACCAAAUGGUACAUAUUUAUUUAUUUAUUAUUAUAAAUAAAAGAAAUAAAAUAAGUGAAAAUUUGGUUAGAAAUGUGAAAAUACAUUUUCGACUACCCAAUAUUUGCUUAGAUCUGAAAAGUAUGCGGAUGUUUCAAACUUAUUUUUACAGAGAAUUUUCUCCAUAUAAUUUUCAAGCAUAUUUUUUUAAAUUUAUUUACUUCGCCUUGUUUAGGUAGAUUAUUAAGUGAAUUUCUGCAGUCAUGUAAACAUAUUUAAAGUGAAACAGUAUCCCUAAAAACCCAGCCCAGAAACAUGAAAUGCGCGUCAACCUGCUCGUUACCAAUCCUCAACCAUAGUAUAAGUUUAUAGAUACCUACAUAUAAAUUAAAAUUUAAAAAGUAAACGCAGAUAUAUAAGAGACAAUUGAAAAAAAUAGAAAUAAGUAAAUUAAAAUAAUAAAAGAGAGGUUCGUAUUUCGGUAGUGAAGCGGGUUAAAGUAAUGUCUGUGAAAGUAUGUGUGUGGUUAAUUACCUUGCUCAUAUACUGCUAAGGGAGAAAUGAGGGCUAUAUAGCCAUAAAUAUUCAAUGGAAUAUGGAAAUCUAAAUAUUGUUUAAGUUUAGUAUUAAAAGAGAGAUCUACAAAUAAAUAUAUAAAUCUGUAAAACCAUAAA